ACGCGUUUCCGGCCCCGCAUACUUCCUAGCAGCGACGUGUGAAUAGGGGUGGUCCUGAAUGCCGAGAGGGGCAAGGCCUCACUCAACCUGUUUAUUUUCCUUUAAAAUCAACCUCACACGCAUUAAGCGGCGCUGUAUUUUUAUUUUGUGUCGUUUCGGCGGUCAAACAACGCGGUUUUCGGUGUGUUUGGCCCGUGUGGAGCGCCGGGACGCCCCCCUCUUUUGUCUGCGGGUCGUCACGUCCGACCGUCCAGCUGAUUGCAUUGAGUGCCGACGGUUCAAUUAUUAUUCCAUCUGAGCCGCUUUAUUUUUGGCUUUAGCGACGGGCUUUUGCGGUCGAAACCGUCCCGCUCCCUCGCCUUCCCGUCGCCCCACUUGUGGACUUUAACACCGAGAGGAUAUUACACCUUAUUUCUUUCUUUAAACUUGAAUGGUGGGGCUUUUUUCUCCAUAGAGCGAGCAGGCCCCGGACUCAUCCCCAGCCUCGCGUUACCAUAUCGGCUUCGUGUUUUUUUUUUUUUUUUUUUUUUGCGUUUUCUUUUUUUUUGCUUUUUCUUUUUCUUUUUUCUUUUUUUUUUUUUUUUUUGGAAAAGUCAUGGGAGAUACUAGUGAACGAAGCAAACCUCCGAGUCUACCUCCCCGGUGUCCCUGUGGCUUUUGGGGGUCCAGUAAAACCAUGAACCUCUGCUCCAAAUGUUUUGCUGAUAUCCAGAAGAAGCAGCCGGGGGAGGACUGCACCUCCAAGCCCAUCCAAAGCACUGGGAGUAGCCAAUCACCUGUCUUCAGUAGCGAGACGAGCAGUAGCAGUAGCCAAUCCCUAUCGUCGUUGCCGCCCACGAGCGCCGAGCAGCCGUCAGCCGAAGAGCCGUCGCCCGCGUUUCCCAGCACGAGGGAAGGCGUAUCAUGCACAGAAACAGCCCAAGGCACACUCUGCACACCCACAAAACGUCCUCGUGACUCAGCCUCGGGGCCAGAAAGCGAGGCGACGCCGGAGAAGCGACCACGGACAGAAGAGAAGGAGGGCGGUGGCGAGGAAGCCCGUGGGGGACCCAAGCAGAAAAACCGUCGGCGUUGCUAUCGCUGCCAAACCAAACUAGAGCUGGUGCAGCAGGAACUGGGCUCCUGUCGCUGUGGCUACGUGUUCUGCAUGCUGCACCGUCUACCUGAGCAGCACGACUGCCUGUUCGACCACCUGGGCCGCGGGCGCGAGGAGGCCGUCCUCAAGAUGGUGAAGCUCGACCGCAAGGUGGGCCGCUCGUGCCAACGCAUCGGCGAGGAGUGCUCCUGAUUGGCCACGCUGCCGCCAGCCGUCCAAUCAGAGAUGAGGCGCUUAAACGGAGGAGGAGGAGGAGGUGGAGGAGGGAAGCAAGGAGGGACAGA